AUAAAGGAAAACAUGACAUCAGAAACAGACACUAGUCUUCUAGCUGAAAAUCCUGAGGCAACAGAACUCCCAAGAGCCAUUGGAAGGAAACCUUCAUUAUUAGGUACACCUUCAAUGUAUACCCUGGAGUCCUCUGAAACAGAAGAUAAACAACAAAAAUCUGAAAACAUUCAGGCAAUUGAUUUUGCAAGUGAUAUUGGAAAUGAUAAAUUGAUGAAGGUGAACACAGCUGUUAGCAGAUGUAGUUUGUUAGAGAAAAUGGGAGGAACUGAUAAUUUUGAAAUAAACAGUUUGUUGUCAUCUAAUGAUAAUUGUGCUCAAGAACCUGUGACAGAUACUAGACAUUUAUUUGAAGAUGGCGAUGAAACAUCAGUGGAACAUCUAAAGCUUAGUGGAAUUGCUCAAAACCACAGAGACUCAUUACAUUAUGUUCAAAGCGUAUUGAAUUCUGAUAAUGCUCUGCUAGUAGACAGCAAUACUGCUGUCAGUGGUAGGAACAUGGAUGCACCAGCAAAAGCAAUAAGAAAUGUAGAGCAAGUGUUUUCAGAAAUUGAUGCUAAUAUAGACAGUACAAUGCAAAAUGUGCAGUCUUCUGAUAGUGGAACAGAAUAUUCUGUAUCAGAAGGAACCAAGAAGAAAUGUCAUGUUCUACAAAGAUUUACAACUGCAAGUGGGAAGAAUAUUACUGUGUCAUCUGAGGCUUUGAGUAAAGCAAAACUAUUAUUUUCAGGUGAUGAAUUUGAAAGUAGUGAACUUGGAACAGAACCUAUAGAAAUGGAAAAGAUGAAUGAGAAAGUACUAUCUUUUGAGAAAUGUAAAACUACAAAUGUGAUACAAAUUUCUGAUGCUUUGAAUACGUCUAGCCUUGUUAUUUCACAAGCUGAUAUAACAACAAUAACUGAAUGUCAAACAGGAAUUAGAGAGUUCAAAGAAAGAGGAAGGCAAGAUUCACCAGUUUUACAAUGCUUUAAAACUUCAAAUGGCAAUAAAACAUGUGUGUCAAUCAAAGCUUUGAGUAGAGCCAAGCUCCCGUUUUUACAGGAAGAAACAUGUAAAAAAUUAGCUCAGGAUGAAACAAAGCCUUUUGAAUUAAAUGAAUCAGAGACACCUGAUUCCUCAGUUUUACAUGGAUUUUCAACUGAAAGUGGAAAAAGAGUCCUUGAGCCAAAUAAGGAUUUGAAUACAGCCAACUUGUUUCUGGAAGAAGAAAUAGCAUCUGUAGAUGAAAUUAAAGCUUCAGAACUAAAGGAGACAAAUAAAGAAGGAGCAACAAUUUUGCAAGGAUUUUCAACUGCUAGUGGAAAGAGAGUUCCUGUAUCUGCCAAGGCUUUGAACAGGGCCAGAUUGUUGUUCUCAGAGGAGGGUUCUUGUACUGAUAUAUUCAAGGAUAAAACAGCAGUUCCAGAAAUAAAAGAAAGGGCAGAGCAACAUGCGCCAGUUUUACAAGGAUUUUCAACUGCUAGUGGGAAGGGAGUUUCUGUAUCAGCGAAGGCUUUGAAUAGAGCCAAACUGUUGUUCUCAGAGGCGGAACCGUUUACAGAUAUAGACAAGGAUGAAACAAGAGUUCCAGAAUUAAAAGAAAGUGUAGAGCAACAUGCGCCAGUUUUACAAGGAUUUUCAACUGCUAGUGGGAAGGGAGUUUCUGUAUCAGCGAAGGCUUUGAAUAGAGCCAAACUGUUGUUCUCAGAGGAGGAACCUUUUACAGAUAUAGACAAGGAUGAAACCAGAGUUUCAGAUUUAAAAGAGAAGAAAGAGCCACAUUCAGUAGGUUUACUAGAAUCCUUAGCUUCCAGUGGAAAAGGAACCAAUUCUGCACUUCCAAACAAAAAGACUGGAAUUGCAGAAUUGAGAGACAGACAAAACCAUGGCUCAUCAGUUUUACAAGGACCCUCAACAGUUAGUGGCAACAGUGUUUGUACAUCAGCUACAUCUUUGUAUAAAUCCAAAGUUUUGAUUUCAGAAGCAGAAGCAGCUUGUAUGAAAAGAUAUUGUCAUGAAGGAGAUGGUUCAGAUUUAAUUGAAAAAAUAGAAAUGGUUUCACCAAUUCUGCAGGGAUUAUCACCUGCAAGUGGAAAGCAUGAUUCCAUAUUAGGUGAAGCUCUGAAUAUAGACAAACAGUUUAUUGCAGUGAAGGAAUCUGGUAUGUGUACAGUUACCAGUGAGACAAAUUAUUUAGCAUUUGAAAAAUCCCUAUUGGCUUCAGAGUCAUCUUUGAGGUUAAAAGCGUUAUCGGUUUCUAAGGAUAAGCCAAGAAUAGUUAAGCCAAAAUUUUCGAGAAAAGUUUCUGAUCAAAAAGAAUUAAAUGUAUUGUUUAAAGUACCUCAGUCAAAGCAGAUAAAUUCUUUCCAACCAUUCUUUCUAAAUGAAAGUCAGAGAGAGAUGCAAGGCUCUGAACAAAACACUUUUAUUUCAGAAGAGACUUGUCCUGAAGCAGAGACCUUGAAUGGAUUUAUGAAUACACCUGAUGUUAAAAGAAAUUUGCAGCACAGGUCACUUAUUCGGGUUCAUGGUUAUAGCACAGACAUUACUGGUACUGAAGUGGUGAACGAUAAUGAAAGAGAUGAUUUAGGGAUAGCCACUUCUCCAUCUGACUGUGUAAGUGAGGAAUAUAGCAAGAGAGAUAAAGAGUCAAUGAGUCUUACUCAGGAGGUGAAAGAAAGUGCAGCUGCUCUGUUAGCAGAUGAGACAGUAUUCAGUUCUCCAGCCUGGAUAGUGAACUACAUGUCCUGCCCAGACAUUUUAUAUGACCGGGACACUGCCCCUGCUGCUCUGGUCUGCUCUGAGGUUAAAGACUGCAGUACUGUGUCUACAGUGGCGCCUGGUAGCCCUGUGCUGGGUUCACAUGAUCGCUGCAGGAAGAGGCAAAGAGUUAGGAUGGCUGCUUCUGAUGACUUAGGCUACAGCUCUCACACACCUACUAAUUCAUCUUUCAGGGUUCCGUACAAGGAUACUGCAGCAUCAGCUGGUGAUAUUUCCACUCCAACACAAUUCUGCCCAGGCAAACAGACAGCAAGGCACUUAGAGUUUGGAACACCAUUUGUGAAGCGUUUGAGAAUGCAUGAGCCAAAGAAGAAGGCUGGCAUUCAUGAACCUUGCAGAAACAGAUUUGUUCUGGGGGAAAGAGAGGUGUGUCCAGAGGUGGUUGCAGGUAGACAGACAGCAGCAGAAGAACAAGCAGCACUUAUAAGGAACAGAAUAAGUUCUGGCAGUAGUGGGUUGCAGCCAUGUAGGGGCAGCUACUAUGUUCGGAAACAGGAGCAACACUUUCAAAUGAAAUGGCGAGAGGCAGUACAGCAUACACUACCAGGCCAAUACACACGCAACCAACUUCUCAAAUUUGGAUUGAAAGAAAGUGUUAUAAAUGUUUCUGCAGAGAACGCAGUUGAAUUCAGGUUCUCUGCAUGGGACUACUACAGUCAAUCACUGUGCCAGGACAACGUCACAGGCUUGCUAGUGGGAGAUGGUGCACAUCUGGUACUUGAUGCUAAAGGAACUGCUGGUGUAGAGGAAGUCACUCGAGCAUUCCUCAGCAGUCCUGGCAUAGAACCUACAUUGGUGCCUGCAGGGUGGGUCAGCAACCAUUAUCGUUGGUUGGUUUGGAAGUUUGCUUCUGUAGAACGCAGCUUCCCUCAGCAAUUUGCUGCCAGAUGCCUCACACCCAAUAUGCUGCUGUUGCAACUGAAGUACCGUUAUGAUCGAGAGAUUGAUCUCUGUCAGCGACCUGCCAUCAGAAAAAUUCUUGAGUGUGAUGACUCAGCUGCUAAAAGACUAGUCCUAUGCGUUGCAAGGAUUAUUAGGCUAGACAGCUCUGAAUCAGAUAUGCGCUAUGAACUGGAGCUAACUGAUGGAUGGUAUAGCCUCACUGCAGUGCUGGAUCAGGAACUGUGCCAACGUGUUCACCGGGGCACUGUUGCAGUUGGGACUAAGCUCAUUUCUUAUGGCGCAGAGCUGCUCAACCAUAAACAGGGUUGCUCACCCCUUGAAGUUGGAAGUGAUGUUAAGCUGAAACUAUGUAGCAAUUCAACUCGGCGGGCUCGCUGGGAUACUAAAUUGGGCUUCCACAUAAAUCCGGGGCCAUUACCCAUCUCACUUACUUCCAUUUUGCCUGCUGGUGGAGUUGUCAGCCGUGUCUCGGUGACUGUGGUCAGGGUAUAUCCUUUGGUGUAUGUGGAGAAGCUAGAUGAAGGCAGGUCAGUAAGCCGCUCAGUGUGGGCGGAGCAGCGAGCAGCAGCACAGUGGGAGCAAAGACAUCAGGAUUAUGUUGAAAAAGUAUAUAGUGAGAUGAAAGUUGACCUUCACCAGGAGGAGAGCAGGCAAAGGCAUUUGAAAUCUCAUUACCACAUACCCAGUGCUCAAGAACUGGCAUCCAUAUGUUCUGGUGACAAAUUAUGUGAGAUUUUGGAAUUAGCACCUGAUCCAGCUUCAAUAGAGGCAUUGUUAAGUGAGGAGCAGAAAAUUGUGCUGGCUGACUACCAGAGGAGUAAGCAUGAGAAUACUCAGCGGGAACUUGAAGCCAGAGUCAGGGAGAGGAUGAAGCAGUCAGAUAUAGCCCCACGCAAUGUCACACCAUUGUUGAGAGUGCGGUGUGUGGACCCUGUUGUCCCCAUGUCAACUCAGUCGGCCAUGCUUUCUGUGUGGCGUCCACCAGAAGAUGUAAUGCAGUUGCUGAAAGAAGGCAGGGUAGUCACAUUGUUUGGUAUUUCUGCUGUGGGAGUCAGAAAUGGAGAUCUUAAACUCUCUGCUGGGAGGCAGACAGUUUACCAGCUAGCUUCAUGCUGUAAACGUGACUUCCACGAACGCAGGGUAAUGAGAUUGAGUGAAGUCAGAAAUAUAGAUUUUCAUCCACCAUUUGGAGAGUUGGAUGUCGUUGGAAUGGUUGCAUACAUUGGUCCUGCACCACAAGGAAAUGUUGGCUUUCAGACAGUAUACUUGGCUGAUACAGAUUUUAAUGUCCUGGGGCUGGCUUUCUGGGGUGGUGUCAAGCAAUUUGGUUGGGAAGAGGUCCUUAAACCAAGGGCACUAAUUGCUGCCAGCAACUUGCAGUGGCGUCAUGGUGCGGCUGUCCGUUGGGUUCCAUGUGCCUAUGUCUCAGAACUGUCUAACUUCUCAGUAAAUCCGUGCCAUCCACAUCUUCAACUGGCUCUUGCCUCACUUCGUCAAGAAAUGGGCCAGCAGGAUUUUGGUGCCUUCUGUUCUGCAUGCGAAGAUAAAGUAUCAACAUUGCUACAUGGAUACACAUCUCCGCUGCCCAAGUUAAUUUCUGGAAGAACAACAACAACACGAGUUUUUUGUGAUUCUCCCCAAACUGGUGUAAAUCAAGGAGGCUUUAGAUCUACUCUAAGUGGGAAUACAAUAAGUUCACCACAAAUUACUUCUUUGAGGGACAGAACAUCAUUGUUGUCAUCACCAUCUCAUGUAUUCCAAGACAGUGUUACGUACAGUUCAGAUAUAGGAACUAACAGCACACCAGUGGAACGAAGGAUGCAUAAGCUUCAGCAGUAUGGUGAACCACCGCCACUUUCUCCAUUCUUAAUGAUUCCAGUUAAACCUGCCCUUCGCAAGGAGUUCCAUGUACCAUUAAGAAAGACAAGCCCUGUCAGCAGCAAUAGCAGUUCUCCAUUAAGCUUGCAAACUGAUCCUAGUUGAUUCUGUAUUAUAAUAUGUAGACAAAUCAAUUGUUUAUCAGAUAAUAUGAACUAUAAUCAGGUAUGUAUCAUUGUGUAACACUGAAAGGUGCUGUGAUAAAAUUCUUGUUAUAUUUUGUAAUGUAAACACCGAACACUUAUUGGCCUCUUCUAUUCCCAAUUUUAAACCAUUAAAAGGAAUUAUUUUUUCAUGUAA